UGAAAGGUGAACUCAUCAGUGCUCCAAUUGUCCAGCCACCUGAUUGGGAUCUCCCCUUUGAGAUCAUGUGUGAUGCUAGUGACUAUGCUGUGGGAGUUGUUUUGGGGCAGAAGAAAGAUGGCAAGACCCAUGUGAUCUACUACGCGAGCCAAACCCUGAAUGAUGCUCAGAUGAGGUAUGCCACAACAGAGAAAGAGAUGCUAGCCAUUGUAUUUGCCUUUGAGAAGUUCAGAAGCUACUUGGUGGGAUCAAAAGUCAUUGUCUACACAGAUCAUGCUGCUUUGAGACACCUUUUGGCCAAGAAGGAUGCAAAACCCAGGCUCUUGAGAUGGAUCCUUUUGCUUCAAGAGUUUGAUUUGGAGAUCAAAGACAAGCCAGGAGUUGAGAAUGGUGUAGCUGAUCACUUGUCCAGGCUGAGAGUGGAGUGUGGCAUUCCUAUUGAAGAAAGACUUCCAGAGGAGCAGAUCAUGGCUAUUGGAGCAGUGAUGGCAGUUUGUGAGACCAGUAGAAAGCUUGAAGAAGUCAAGGCAACAGAAGAGAAAGAACCUUGGUAUGCUGAUUUGGUGAACUACCUAGCAACAUGAAAAGAACCUUUGAACCUUGUGGGCUAUGCCAAGAAGAAGUUCUACAAGGAUGUGAAGAGGUACUACUGGGAUGAGCCCUACCUCUACAUUCUCUGCAAAGAUCAACUUUAUAGGAGAGUGGUUGCUAAUGAGGAGAUUGAUGGGAUCCCUACACAAUGUCAUGGAUCAUCCUAUGGAAGCCACUUUGCUACCUUAAAGACUGUUGCAAAGGUGUUACAAGCUGGAUUCUGGUGGCCACACAUGUUUAAGGAUACACAAGACUUUGUUUCAAAGUGUGAUUCAUGCCAAAGGAGAGGGAACAUCACCAAAAGGAAUGAGAUGCCUCAAAAUCCAAUCCUUGAAGUUGAAGUGUCUGAUGUGUGGGGUAUUGACUUCAUGGGACCAUUUUCAUCACCCUUUGGCAACAAAUACAUCCUUGUAGCUGUUGAUUAUGUCUUCAAAUGGGUGGAAGCUAUCGCAAGCCCCACCAAUGAAGCUAGAGUUGUAACCAAGAUGUUCAGGAGCAUCAUAUUUCCAAGAUUUGGAGUUCCAAGAGCUGUGAUCAGUGAUGGAGGCUCUCAUUUCAUCAACAAACUGCUUGAGGGACUUCUCAAGAAGAACGGUGUAAAGCACAAGGUAGCAACUCCUUACCAUCCUCAAACAAGUGGUCAAGUUGAGAUUUCUAACAGAGAGAUCAAAUCCAUUUUGGAAAAGAUUGUGGGGAUUACAAGGAAGGAUUGGUCCAUUAAGCUUGAUGAUGCGCUUUGGGCUUGUAGGACAGCUCACUACAAGAAAUUUGUGUUUUAAUAGCACGGCAGCAUGGCGUUUUUUCCGAUUGUGCUAUGGUUGACAUACCCGUUAGUUUUAGAUAGCGCUUAUAUAUUUGGAAACGCUAUGAUAGAGUGAUAUAUAUGAAAACGCUAUGAAAUCAUAUGGUUUUAUAUGUAACACUUACGUUUAAUAGCAAAACAUAAUAAAAAAUGCUAUCUUUGUCUUUUUGAAUCCCUACUCUAAACAAGUUUUUAAACCCUAAAUUCUAAAUACAAACUUGAAACUCUAAUAUUUCAGCAUCAAAUCGUAAAUUUAACUUCAAAUCUUAGUUAUAAACCCAGAAAAUUAAUAUUUUUUCAAAAAUUAAUCUCAAAAUCUUAAAAUCAAUACCCCAAAACCUUUAACCUUUAAACCCUAUACUAUACCUUCAAGCCCUAAACCAUAUAUCCAUAUCCAAACCUUAUAUAAACACUAAUUUUUAAAUAAAAAAAUUUCAAAUCUAAUAUUUUAAAGUUCUAAUAAAAUGAAAACUAAAUGAUAAUACUUACAAAAUAUAUAAUCGUUUCAAGUUUACUUUUCCAAACCUUAAAUCUAACCUUUAAACCCUAUACACAAACCUUUACUCUAAAAUCUUAUACUUUAAAUGUAAAAUUUAAUAGUUCUUAAUAUUAACUUUAUAAAUGUAAAUGAUAAUUUAAUAUUUAUAUAAAUAAAAUUAGUUAAAUAAUAAAAUUACAAUUUUCAAGACAACUAUUAAAUAAAAAACAGUUUUUGAUUAGUUAAUCUAUGACCAUUGAUUACUUUUAAUCCAAUGGUUAUAACACAAUCUUUUGUUCAUCUUUUUCCUUUUUUUUCAUUGGCCAAUUAAUUAAACAAAGCGAAAAAUUUCUUAUUGGUUAAAACAAGAUGGUGAGGAUAGCUACUAUAUUUGAUCUCCACCGUUGAUAUACUCAAUCUGACGGACAAAAAUGAUUCACUUUAAUUUUAUUUUUUUGGCAUUAUCUCUUUCAUCUCUUCUCACGAUCUCUCGUCUUCUCAUCUCUCUCACCAAUCUUUUCAAUCUUCUUGCUCACUGAUAACUCAUCAGAAAUCCUCCUCCCUCAUUCAUAUUCUCCCAUCACCUCUGCAGUCCUCCUCCCUCAUCGCCUAUUCAAUCCUCAUCUCAGGAUCUCUCAAACUCGCCGUCUGUCGUCACAGGUUCAAUCUCACCACCUCUGCUCAAGUCAGGAAGCCACCAUUACCAUGACCUCGCCUCCUCCUCCUUGAUCUUGAAUACUGAUGAAAGGGAUGCGCGCCAGGGGAGAAUUUUGACAUAGCGGAGAUGUGUCAUAGGUGUUACGAACCAGAGGUGGAGGCGGAGGCAGAUGCGGUUCAGAACAAGAUGGCGGAGGCAGAUGCGGUUCAGAACAAGAUGGCGGAGGCACGAGGAGGCGGAGGCGCGAAGCUGUUGAAGACGGCGGUGUUUAGAAGAUUGGUUUAGUUAUUUAUUAGGUUUAGUUAGUAAAUAGGGUUAUGUUUAAGCUUAGUUUAAGUUUUUGGUUUAGUUUUGGUUUAAGACAUUUUUUCUACCUAGAUUCUUUUUUUUUUAAUUUGUAUACCAUAUAUUUUUUUGUAAAACAGUUUGAUUAUAAAUCAGUUUAAAUAAUAAAAACAUUUUAAAUAUAUAAUCCAGUUUAAAUUUUAAUUAUGUUUUUUCAUUUUUAAAUAAUUAAUUACAAUAAAUAAUUUUAAUGCAAAUAAUAACUAGAAAAGAAAUGCUAUUAAAAUAUAUUUAAUUGCAUAUAAAAAAAACGCUAUAAUAUAUCACAAUACGAUAAUAGUACAAAAUACCGCUAUCUAAUGUGUUUAACCUAUUAUGACGGGCGAUGAUACAGCGCUUCAUAAACCGCUAUCGUAUCGUUAGAUAGCGUUUUUUGGCCGCUAACAAAAGCAAUUUUUCUUGUAGUGGCUUACAAGACACCUCUGGGGACCACACCUUUCAACCUAGUGUACGGAAAAGCUUGCCAUCUGCCAGUGGAGCUUGAGUACAAGGCACUAUGGGCAGUAAAGUUGCUGAACUUUGACAUCAAGAGUGCCAAGGAGAAAAGACUUCUACAGCUACAUGAGCUUGAUGAGAUAAGAAUGAAUGCUUUUGAAAACUCAAGGCUCUACAAGGAGAAGACUAAAGCUUUCCAUGACAAAAAUAUCCUGAAGAGAGAGUUUAAAGAAGGAGACCAAGUUCUUCUCUACAACUCUAGGCUGAAGUUAUUUCCGGGAAAGCUUAAGUCAAGGUGGUCUGGCCCUUUCAAGGUCAAGGAGGUUAGGCCAUAUGGGGCAAUAGUUUUGUGGAGUACUGAUGGAAGAGACUUCACAGUCAAUGGGCAAAGGGUUAAGCUCUACAUGGUGACUGCACCAGAGGAAGAUGGGGUUUCAACUCCACUUUCUGAUCCUACCCCGGCCUAAUCUAAAAGGAGGCAAAGUCCAGCUAGAGAAUUAAAACAAGCUCACUUGGGAGGAAGUCCCAUGUAUAUCCUUGUACAUAUUGCAUUAGUAUUUUUAUUUUCAUCAUGUUUCUCAAAAAAAAAAAAGGUUGAAGUUGUAUGCAGGUGCUUGAUCGAGCCGGUUUCAGCAAAGAAUCAGUGCGUGGGAGCGAGGACCUAGAGCGACGACGUGAGGUCGCUCCAGCUCCAGAGCGACCUCACCACAGCGAGACCCCGAGGUCGCUCGGGUUUGUCGAGCUGGGAGCGACGUCACCACACCGACACCCCAAGGUCGCUCGGGUUUGUCGAGCUGGGAGCGACGUCACCACAGCGACACACCGAGGUCGCUCGGGUAGUGUCGAUCUGGGAGCGACGUCCCGGAGCGACAUGCCGAGGUCGCUCCACGACCAGUUCAGGUAAGUGAUUUCCGAUCUAAUCAUGGUUUCAAUUUAAUUGGACCGGUCCCUUCCCACCUAAACCGAACCGGACGACCCUAAACCUAGCCCACUACCCACGAUUUUCAUCUUCCUCAACCUCCCUCCCCUCACAAACACUCAUACCCUCUCAAACUCACCCACACCAAAAAUCCCAAAACUCUCUCAAUUCUCAACCAAAUCACCUAGUUCUUGCUUCUAAAUCCAAGUUUUCGCCCCUGUAGUCUAUUCCCAUCACCCAUUCACCAUUUCCUUUCAUCCAAAGCAAGGUAUUGAGUUUUUAAAUUCAAUUUCGUAGGUCCAUGAACCCUAGAAUUUGAAAGUCGAAAUUUGGUCAUUUUCUUGCUUGAUUGUGGUGAAAUAGACUAGGAAAAGCUUAUCUAUCAAGUUGGGUUGUUAAAUUAAUGGUGAAAUUGAGUUUAAUUUGAACUUUGGCAAUUAGGGUUCAUGGAUUUGGGACUUUUCGAAAUUGACCUUAAUUGAGUGUGUUGGUGGGUGAACUUGGUGUGUUCAGGUGUUUAAAAGUUUGAUUAAAAAAAUUUCUCAUUCUAGAACCACUUUGAUUAUUGAAUUUUACUUAACUUGUAAUUUUCAUAUUUUGGUAAGAUUGAGAAGUGUGAUUCUUUGCUUUUAGCUUGGCUUCUUAGUCUUAAUCUUCUUUGCUUCCAUCUACUUAUCCUUUUUCAAGUUUUGAAUUUUUCAGGUACCAAUGGUUAAGAAAACAAAGGGAAAGCUUGAUGCUGAGAAGCAAGAAGCUGAAAGAAAAGAGUCUGCACUAAGAGGGAAAGCCUGAGCCUCCGAGCCAGCUGGCUAUGGGACACAGAGGACUUCUCGACAAUAAACCUUGGCUACAAAGAAAUCAAAAGAGCAAGAGAAGAGGGCAUGGAAAAGUGUAGCAGUUCCCACUAAUGAGGAAAGUAACGAUGAAAGUGAAGAUGAGCAGACUCCUACAAAGAAAGCCAAGAUGUCAAAAGGGAAGGCGGUUAAUGUUGACAGGGACAGGGAGAAAACUCCAUCUGUGGAAGAGCUGUAUGAUCACUUGCUGAAUGGUGUCACUUGGACUCCAACAAGGUUCGCCGACCUUGAUUUGCUGAAGGAGUUGGGUCUUGAUUCUGAUAUUGAGGCUAUGCUGGAACAUUUGAAGCUGCCAAAACUCCUCACCAUGGCUUACCCUGUCUACAAGGAUGUCUCCUGUCAGUUUUUGUCUUCCCUUGAGGUCACUUACCAUAACACUCCGCAUGUGAGGCAAGGAUGGGGCAAGAUCAAGUUCAAGGUCAAUGGGAGAGACUACAACAUGAACUUCAAGGACAUUGGGAGAGUCAUGGAUUUCCAAGACUUGGAAGACUCCUCUCUUCCCAAAUGCGAAAAUCUCUCCACCGAGCUUUGAAAAUUGAUCACCGGAAACAGGCAUUCUACCGGGUCUGACAAGAACUCACAUAUCCGGCAUCCGUCAGUGCGCUACCUCCAUAGGAUGCUCGUCCAUGAAUUCUAUCCACGAAAGGAAGCAUGUAAUGUCACCGAGGAAGAUAUGCGACUGCUUUGCCCGGUAAUCCGACCCUACGCCGCCCCUGGAGUGCUGCCUCUUCCAUGCACCGACAUCUAUGCUACCUUUGGGAUGGUCAGUUUCUUCGUGAGUCUUCUCGAGCACUACAGAGACUGGGCCUGGUACACCUCUGAUUCGCGCCCGAAGGUUGGAAUUGGCGGGUUGAUCACACCACUGCUUCAAUUUAUGAAUGUCCCCUUGGGAAAGGACGCAGCAGGACCUAGAUUCAUUGAUGGCACUUACUUGAGGAUUGCCACUUAUUUCAGCGAGAUGUAUAGGAAGAACUACGUCUACCACUACUACUUGAAAGGCAAGCCUGUUGAGGUGGUUCUUCCAAACAAGAACCUGACGAGCUUAGAGAGACUUGGAGCUAUCAACUUCAACAUUUCCCAGGAAGACUUUCUUGGAGAGCACGGGUCUCUCGAUCCCAUUGUUGCACCAAGGAAAAGGAGUGCUCCGACGAGACAUGACAAACCUGCUGCAGAAGCAUCUGAACCCGUCUAUGGACCUCCGCGCUACUACUUCCAGCCAUAUGCUGGAGUUCUUCCUCCUGGUGCGCUUCGUGAUGCUCAUAAACAUAUUGGUCAACUUCAGCGAUGGAACAAGGCACAAGACAAGACGAUAGAAAAGCUGAAAGACAAGUGCAAGGCGCUUAGCAAGACUGUGAAGAAGCAAGCAAAGACUUCAGCCAAGUUCAUGAAGAAAGUAGAUGAUGUCUUGACCAGGGGAGGAAUAGCUGGAUGUAGCUCUGCAGACUUCGCCUUCGCGAACACAUCAGUCCCCCUGCCUCCACCUCAGCCUGCGGAUCUUGGUUUCCCUCUCACUGCUAGAUAUCUCCAGCGCAAGUGGAGGAACCCACCCAUUGAACCCUCCGCCUCAGGAAACAAGUCCCCAUCCCUAGCCUCUUCUGAUAAUGAGGUCGAGAUUGACGAGAUUCAGAGCCAGCCAUGGUUUGGAGGCUACAGCUCAGCAACAGGUGGUUACUACACCACAUUCCCACCUGACGACGACAAUGCUGGGGCAUCUACCCCUACUCACUAUCCGUAGAAGGUAUUUCACUACUUUCCCUUGUAUAUACCAUUUCAUUUUCUGCAUAUUAGUUUUCUUUUGGGUACCUCUCUCUACUUGACAACACAGAGACUGUGUAACUUAAGUUUGGGAGAGGUACCAAGUAUUUGAUCAUGUUUUCUUUGAUGAUUUGAGUCUUAUGCAUUGCAUUGUGCAUACAUAUAUGCAUAGAAAAAAAAAAUUGAAAAAUUUGAAAAACACAAAAAGAAACAUGUAGUUGCAUCACUUGCACUUUUAAGAUUGAGUCUAGAGCAUAUAGGUUACAUUCACUUGCAUUGGGAACAAUGAUUUAAAAUGCCUUACGAAGAACUCUUGUCUAGAACUCAAAAUGACACCCUAGUUAAACAUAUCAAGUAGCUUAAGCAUCUCUUGAAAGCCUUGCACGCUUCGAGCCUUGAAAACUCUUCUUGAAACUUGUUUGCUUGCUUGAUGUUAGCAUUGUCCUUAAGAUCAGAUCCAAUUUGAACUUGGCUUGAAUAAACUUAAUCUCUCUUGCAUAUGGGCAUUUGCAUACUUGAUCAUGGAUCUCAUACACAUUUGGGUUAUCUUAUUCCUUUAUACAUAUCUUUGUUAACCCAAGUGGCACUCCUUACCAUAAAACCUUAACUAUCCAUUGAGACCAAACAUUGAAUUGCAUGAGUGAGGCUUCUUUUGAUAGCUUGUCAUGUGCAUAAUCUUGAGAGUAUUGGAGGCGACAUAGGUUUAUUUUCAUCUCUUGCUAAGCACAAUGAGUUAGCAUUUGGGGAUGGUGAGAGGAGUUUGUGUGUUCUAAAUUUCAAUAUUUUGGGUUUGGGAAGUGAGAAAGAUGAGAGAGAUGAGCAAAAGAGUAUAAUUAUAAAAGAGAACUCUAAAAAAAAAAGAAAAAAAAGUAUAAAACUCUAGAUUAUGUAACAAAGAACUUUUCCCCCAUAUAUAAAAAAAAGAAGAGAAAAAGAAUCAAAGAGAAGGUGGGGAAGGAAAUGAGAAAGAGUUAGAGCAUGUAAAAAAUGAAUUAAAGCCCCUAGUGGUUGAGUUAAAAGAAAAAGAGAGUUGUUCAUUGGGUGAGUGAUGUGAGGGGUUUAUUUUGAUUUUGAGAUGAUAAAAAGGGGAGAACUUGUGAUCACUUAUAACAAAAAUGGUAGAAUGAUGAGAAUUAAUCUAUGUAUGCAUGAGUUGCUUCUAAUCUUAGAUAAAUUUUGCAUAAUGAUCAAGCUCCUUGUUUUGAGUGAUAACCACCUUUAAAUGAAAACACUUGAACCCCUCUCUUCAUUCAUAUUAGACCAUUGCUUACCUAGCCAAAUGAUUGAGAUCAAUUGCCCAUUUGUGAGAAUUCACUUUGUGUGUGUGUGUGUGAAUCAAAGUGAGAGCUGGUUGAAGGGACUUGCUAGUUGAUGAGUAUUGCGACUUGUGUAGAGGCAUAAGAGUAGGGAUAGGUCUAGAGAAGCUAGAGUAUAAUAAGAGAGUUGAUCAUGCUAUUUGCUAUGUUUCUUUAUGAUGUUAAGUUGAGUGCUAGGAAGUGUUACUUUUGGCUAUGACUUCCCACCUUCAAACCUCUCUCCUAUAUGAGUUCUUGCAAGUUCACUUGAGGACAAGUAAAGAACAAGUUUGGGGGAGUUGAUAUCUUGCAUGUCUCCAUUGUGUUAUCCAUUCACCCAUGUGCAUUUUGAUCAUAUAGACUAGGAUUUAGCCAUGUUUAGGUUGCAUUUUGCAUGCAUGAGUCUUUAUUAGGUAUUAGAGUACCACAUGGAGUUCUUGGGGACAUUUGGGUGCGUUUGGAGCUCAAAAGAGGUGAUUAAGGUGAUCAUUGGACGAGCAGUGCAUGGGAGCGACCCUACCGGAGUGACGCCAUGAACUCGAUGUUCCCUACCUCUCAGUGCGACCUUACCAGAGCGACAACACGAGGUCGUUCGCCAUUUACGCUUCGGAGCGACCUCCUAGAGCGACAAGGCGAAGUCGCUCCAGCUCCAGAGCGACCUCACCACAGCGAUACCCAGAGGUCGCUCGGGUUGUGUCGAUUUGAGAGCGACGAACAAGCCAGGAGCGACGUCCCACAACGACUACCUGAGGUCGCUCCCAGCACCCAGAACGACCUCCCGGAGCAACGUGCCGAGGUCGCUGCGCGUCGUCUAUUUGGUCGAACUUAUGAUUUAUCAAGGGCUUUCUGGUCAUUUUGUUAUGCACGUUUUACACUUUCUAAACCUAUGUUUAAGUACCUUUUGUAAGCCAUUGGAGGCUGAUUAUCUUUUAUCUUAAGAAAACCACCAAAAA